AUGACUCGCAAUACAACCUUCAUCAUUCUUUCUUUUGCUUUGUUGCAAAAUAACAGUCAUUUAAUGUCAGCAAGGGGAAAUAACACAAUCGCCAUUGUGAAGGGCUCAGAAAAUUAUGAAACACCGAAGGAGUCAUUUGCUAAUGUAUUUUCAGACAUAAAUGAUCUAAAUUCAAUGACCAAAAUCACAAUUAAUGGGAAAGAAAUAAAACUAGAAUUCUUUUUGGGGGGAGAUUAUAAAUUCAUUUUAAUCAUGUUGGGUCUCAAAGGUGCCACCUCAUUCUAUGCUUGUGCCUGGUGCAAAGUUCACAAAGAUAAAAGAUGGGAUAUGAACCACGAGGAAGAUUUUUACAAUAAGCCACCAUUGCAAAGAACACUAAAAGAAUUAAAAGAAUUAUCAAAAAAGGGCAGAGAAAAUUUUUGCUGUGAACAUGAGCCUCUAUUGAACAUUGAGUCAGAUCAUAAAAUUUUAGACGAAUUGCACCUUUUACUUAGAGUAGUUGAUGUGUUGCUAAAUAAUUUACUGGAGGAUGUAUUACAGUGGGACAAAAAAGAUGAUUUGAUGAUUUGA